AAGGGUAAAUACAACAGGAGCGCAAAAUGGCGGAGCCACCGAGCCCAGUGCGCGGUUCUGCGGCUGCCGCCGUGGCCUCGGAGAACGAACCGUUUGGCAAGCUACAGACUCCCUCCCGGGAACCACCGGGUCCUCUGUCCGCCAAGAAGGUCCGGACUGAGGAGAAGAAGACGCCGCGCAGACUGAACGGGGAAGGAAGCAGCGGCGGGAACUGCAGGCAGCUGCAGCCGCCCGUGGCACCUCCGCCUCAGAGCUAUGGCAGCCCGGGGUCUUGGAGCUUCGCCGCUCUGUCUGCUGCCCCCUCGCCGUCCUCUGCUCGGGGCACUUUUUCUUUCACCUCUGGCACAACCAUCCCCUCCUCGGCCUCCGCCUCUUCGCCGCAGCCAGUGCCGCGCAAACUGCUGGUGCCUCCUGCGCUGCUGCACGCUCAGCCUCACCAUCUCCUGUUGCCGGCCGCCGCCUCGGCCAGCGCCAAGGCGCGCAGACCCAAGGAGAAGCGAGAGAAGGAAAGGCGGAGGCACGGCCUCGGCGGGGCCGCCCGGGAGGAGAACGGGGAGGUGAAGCCGCUGGCGAGAGAUAAAAUCAAAGACAAAAUUAAAGAGAGAGAUAAAGAAAAAGAGAGAGAGAAAAAGAAGCAUAAUGUAAUGAGUGAGAUUAAGAAAGAAAAUGGAGAAGUAAAGAUUUUGCUGAAAAGUGGGAAGGAGAAACCAAAAACAAAUAUAGAAGACUUACAAAUCAAGAAGGUCAAGAAGAAAAAGAAAAAGAAACACAAAGAGAAUGAAAAACGGAAGCGUCCAAAAAUGUACAGCAAAUCUAUUCAAACCAUCUGCUCAGGAUUGUUAUCUGAUGUUGAGGAUCAAGAAGCCAAAGGCAUCCUAAGUGAUAACAUACAGGAUUACAGUGGAAAGAACUUGGAUACCAAGAACUAUGAUUCCAAAAUUCCAGAGAAGAGUGAGUUUCCAUUUGUCUCAUUAAAGGAGCCACGGGUUCAGAAUAACCUCAAAAGACUGGACAUUUUGGAGUUCAAAAAGCUCAUUCAUAUUGAGCACCAGCCCAAUGGAGGUGCAUCAGUUAUCCAUGCCUACAGUAAUGAACUCUCCCACCUGUCUCCCAUGGAGAUGGAGAGAUUUGCAGAAGAAUUUGUGGGUCUAGUGUUCAGUGAAAAUGAAAACGCUGCAGCUUUCUAUGUAAUGGGUAUUGUUCAUGGGGCAGCUACUUAUUUACCUGACUUUCUAGACUACUUUUCAUUUAAUUUUCCCAAUUCGCCUGUGAAAAUGGAGAUAUUGGGAAAGAAGGAUAUAGAGACAACAACUAUGUCCAAUUUUCAUGCUCAGGUAAAAAGAACGUAUUCUCACGGUACUUACAGAGCUGGCCCAAUGCGACAAAUCAGCUUGGUGGGAGCAGUUGAUGAAGAAGUGGGAGAUUACUUCCCUGAGUUCCUUGAUAUGCUGGAAGAGUCACCAUUUUUAAAAUGUACACUGCCAUGGGGGACACUAUCUAGUCUAAAAUUGGAAAGUCGAAAAGAUAGUGAUGAUGGUCCCAUCAUGUGGGUACGCCCAGGAGAACAAAUGAUCCCUGUGGCUGAUAUGCCAAAGUCACCUUUCAAAAGGAAAAGGUAUGUUGGAUAUAAAUUUUUAUUGCUGUGGUUGGGUGUUUAUUUGUUAGAGUGUGUGUUAGUUGAAAGCUGGAGGAAGAAGGAGGGGAAAGUUUCGAGCAUAACUGGAAUGAAUUAA